UUCCUUGCGGUUGAGAGUAUUACAUAUAAACAUUGAACUCUUCCACCAAAUUAUAUAUAAACACACAUAUUUUGGAUCCAAAACCUCUUAGCUCUUUGUGAAGAGAGAAAGAAAGAGAAAAACAAUGUUGAAUAAGGCCUGUUUGUUAGUUUUCUUCUUUCUCUCAAUCUCUUUAUUUGUUGAUAUAAGCCAUGGGAAGAAACAGAGUGAAGCUCUCGACGAUCUCUACAGAGGCAAGUUGAAGAAGAACUCUGCGAUCGACACAAGCCUUUUCGAGGCCAUUCGACAUGUUGAUGGAGUUGAGGUUUAUCCACAAGAGGGACUGAAGGAGAGAGAUAGGAUUGUGAGAUUGCCGGGGCAACCGAAUGUCGAGUUCACUCAGUAUGGAGGCUAUGUCACACUCAAUGAGUCGGCGGGUCGAGCUUUCUAUUAUUACUUCGUUGAAGCACAAGGACAACAACAGUCUAAUCACUUGCCUCUUCUUCUUUGGCUUAAUGGAGGCCCAGGUUGUUCUUCUCUUGCCUAUGGCGCAAUGGAAGAGCUUGGACCAUUCCGUGUCCAUAGUGACGGCAAAACUCUCUACAGAAAUAGAUUUGCAUGGAACAAAGCCGCAAAUGUAUUGUUCUUGGAAUCCCCAACUGGAGUAGGGUUUUCAUACUCGAAUACAACAUCAGAUUAUGUGAGUGAGGGUGACAAAAGAACAGCUUCAGAUAAUUAUGUGUUCUUGUUGAAUUGGUUGGAGAGGUUUCCUGAGUACAAAACCAGGGAUUUUUACGUUGCUGGUGAAAGCUAUGCUGGCCAUUAUGUGCCUCAGCUUGCACAUACUAUCCUUCACUAUAACAAGGACCCUAACAACACCUUUAUCAACCUCAAAGGGAUCAUUGUAAGUCCCUCUCUCUCUCUUUCACACACACACUUGAAACUAGGUCCCUAGCAAUUACAAUUCUAA